UGGUUCGAACAGAAAGAGCGCGUUCAUGGGCUCACUCACUUCUCCAUUCGCGUAACGACUUCUGGACGACCGGACAACGACUCUAAUUAGACCUAAUACUCCGACAAAGCUCUCGUGGAGCCUGGGCACACGACAAGGCAUAUAAUACCUUCGAUAUAUCACUUCAUCUCGGCUGAUACCCUCUUCCUCGUGCGAGGCGACCGUCUGAUUCUGCGUACCCACUUGAUUUGUAUCUGUUCGCCGCUGGACGACUCUGAACGAACUCAAUCACCUACUUGGCCUCUUUACUCUGCUCAGUACGCUGUGACUAGCCCGUCUUGACGACAAGGCUCUUGCAUGAGGCACUAUGCCCUCAGCACGCCUUACCAUCGGUACUUCCAUGGGAGGCGCCGCGGGGCCGUCUUCCGGUCCUGGCGCCGCGAAAUCCGCGAAGGGGAGCAGAGCUUCCGGAUCUUCUGCUGCCCUUUCCACCAAGUCUCUCCAGCGCAGGAGAAGUGCUUCGACUUCGUCUGCGACCUCGAACCCUGCGCCCGCCCUUCAUACCCCGCUCACAAGCUAUCGUCCGUCUACUCUGCGGCCCCAUGACACUGCGUUCGCUUCGGAUCCACCCCUCCCGAGUUCGGAAUACGAGACGGACCGAUACGUUCUCGCGAUGCACGACUUUACUCCACUUCCAGAACAGCGGAACGUGACCUGUCUUGAGUUUCAAGCGGGGCACGUUAUACGCGUUUUGAAUCGCGACCCAAGCGGAUGGUGGGACGGAGAACUUGAUGGGCGGAGGGGGUGGUUCCCGAGCAACUACGUGACUGCUGAUGUUGGGCUGCUGACCGACGAAGAACUUCCAAGUUUACUGCGACGCACACGCAAUGGCAAUACACACUCUCAUAGCACAUCGGCCAUGUCCGCUGCAUCGUGGUCGGAUUCGUCUCCUUUGAAGAGCAAUAUUUUUUCGCGCACGGAUCAUCGACCAAUGGCGUCGGAGAGUUCCAUGGACGCGUACUGUCCGCCGUUAAUGAUGCCUCUACUUCGCGCGCUCACUGUCCUCCAAAACGCUAUCCGGACAAAUCGGUCAGCUCACUUACAACCCUCCACCGCAUACAUCAUCUCCAGCGUGCGCUCGCUUCUCACCGACCUUGGUUGUCUCGCCCGAGAUGCUCCUAUUCUCAAGACGCACGCUUUGCUCGCGAGGGAGCGAAAGCGCAUCCUGUCAGACCUAGCCCAGCUCGUUUCUCAGUCUAGGAAGGCUUCCGAGGGAGAGCUGGACGACGAGCAGAGAAGUGCGUAUGCCGAGGGCAUGAUCCGGGGCAGCGGCCAGCUCUUUGCACAUGUUCGCGACUUCCUUGUACUCGCGGCACAAUGUGGCAUAGACCUCGACGCGACAAGCCACUCUCUAGGAUCGGAACGUGAUUCGUCGGACACGGACAGCAAGUGGAGCAGUCACGAUGGAACAUUGGUGCGCGUCGCCGACCCAUCGACACCUGUACCAGAUGAUUAUGGGCCGUAUUCUGUAGGCAACGUAACCAAGGCUGCGGACGAUAGCGCAUACACGCAGCGUCAGCGUGAUAUAACCAUGACCCCUGGUCGAGCUCGCGCAAGGAGUAUGUCAGAUCUCCACAAGGGCAAGGCUAACCGGGAUGCUACCAACGUUCCUCCUGUCCCCCAAAGAGUACAAGAUCUGACGCUCGGGCGAACAAGCGAGAAGUUGGUUUCCCCGCAAACCGUACGGAUUGGUAGUGGUCUCGGUGUAGUGCACAAGAGCAGCCAGCCCUCCGUCAGCAGCAUAUCCUCGUCUUCCUCCGCAUCCUCUGGCGAGUCUGUUGGCACACCUGCUACUCCCACGUUCCCGACUGGGCCUUCUACUACAACCGAGGUUGUGGAAGCCCUACGCUACACCCACGACCACUACCUGUCGACCAUCGCAGCCUUCAUUGGACAUGCCCACUCUCAUUCACGGACAUCACACGCGUCGAGUACAGGCCAUAUGUAUGACCUUGUUCGUGAGGUCGUGGAGAUGGUCUGCAAGCUGCUCACCAUCGUUGAAGCUGUUCUUCGGCAUCCAGACAUCCCUAACCAACGUACGCAAGAUCUCCGGGCGGCGAAGGAGGGGCUCUAUAAUGUCACGAGCACGCUUGCAGAUGCUGUGCGGCAGCUCACGACGGCACCUCUGCCUGGCGUCUCCGAGGAAGAGGAAAAGUCCACACUCCUACGGUCGGCAACUAACGCCCUCAAGGCAGGCUCAGACUGCGUGAACGCGGUCAAGAAAUGCCUUCAGCGGUCCAGUGGACAACGACCACUCAUUAUCGAGCUGCCGAGUGACGGCGCGCCAGAGUCCAGCACACUUUCGCCUAGCAAGUUCUCGCAUGCGCACAAGAAGUCUGAUCAUUUGCGCGUCAAGACUGGUCCGAGCGCGUUGCAUGAGCUGUACCGCGUCAAUGGCGUUGAAGACGAUGCCGGGGAUCUUACGAUCCAGGCCCAGACCGUGUCAUCUGUGGACACGCCCACCAGGCUUGAGUUCCCGAUAUCGUCAGAGCGAUCUCACCUCGUUACUGCCGGACAUGUUGUUCGACGGUCGGACAGCUCUUCUGAUAACGAGGCACCGUCCCCCACGCUAGCCUCUGACAAGCCGCUACCACCCAUGCGGAUAAGCGAGGACCAGAAUACCGACAUAAUGGGCCCAGGCUCGCCGGUGUCAUUGGUUCCAACCGACGAUGGGACGACUUGGGAGGGGCCGCAUUCGAGCCAACAGGUUAGACCUUCCCUCGAAGAGAAGUUGCGCGAAGGAGAGCUACCCGCCCUGCCAGCGACUGCUCUUCCUGCAUUGCCUCCGCCUACGUCCUUGUCGUGGCUGUUGUCACACGAUCAUGCGUCCGAAGAUGUGGCCUUCAACAGUGAAGGUCAGCUUGUGGGUGCGACGCUAACCGCGCUUGUCGAACGUAUGACGCCUCAUGACGCGCUAGUCGAGCCUGCCUUCGCGGCCGUGUUCUUUCUAACAUUCCGGCAGUUCACGACUUCUAUCGAGCUUAUGGAGGCACUCAUCGCGCGAUAUAACCUGCUCCCACCACCGGGCCUACCCCAAGACGACAUAAUCAUGUGGCAACACAGAAAGGGCGUCCCUGUCCGCCUGCGCGUGGCAAACGUUCUGAAGUCUUGGUUGGAGACCUACUGGCGGCCUGUGCGGGACAAUGCGAUCCUACCGGCACUGACAAACUUUACGCACGACGCGCUGGGCCCAAUGUUCCCAGUGCCUUCGCAGCGGAUCAUGGAGCUGGUCAGGCAGCGAUCCCUACCUGAGGAUUCAACUCAAGCUGUGCGCUUCGAGCGUGUGCGGGACGCAGGCUUCCCACUGAACCCUCCCUCGUUCCCUGCGUCUGAGAUCCCGCGGCCGAUCCUGAAGAAGGACACGCUUGCGCAUUUACGAAACAAGAACUACAAGGCAAUAUUACUGGUAGAGAUUGAUGCAUUGGAGCUCGCGCGGCAGCUUACCGUCAUGGAGUGCAAUCUAUACUGCGCGAUCCAGCCCGAGGAGGUGCUCGAGACUGGUCAAUCAGGUGGGGUGUACCCCGGCAACGUCAAGGCGGUUACCUCUCUCAGCACCGUUAUCACCGGAUGGGUAGCGGAGAGUAUCCUGAACGAGCCUGAUACGAAGAAGCGGACGGCGCUCGUGAAGUACUUCGUCAAGGUGGCUGACCGGUGCAUAACGCUGUAUAACUUCAGCACUCCGCGUUCUAUCUUGGCUGCUCUCGACUCCUCAACGAUCUCUCGCCUGCAUCAAACGUGGACGGGCCUGCCACAAAAGAGCCGGCUUCAGCUGGAGGCGCUGCGAAAACUCUCCGACCACUCUCGCAAUUAUCAUGAAUAUCGGACGCGCCUACGGAACACCGCUGCGCCAGCAGUACCAUUCCUUGGUUUAUACUUGACGGACAUCACCUUCUGUAGAGAAGGUAACCCUACGCACCGUAGCUCUCCGAAGAAUCCCGAUAAGAAGCUGCUCAACUUCAAUAAGUAUCAUAAGCUCGCCCGGAUUGUUCAAGAUAUGCAACGGUUCCAAGUGCCCUACAAUCUCAAAGAGAUACCCGAGGUGCAGGAGUACCUUAAAGAUGAAUUCGAGCAGUCCAAGAACCGAACCGACCUUCAAGAUCUGUAUCGACGCAGCUUGCUGGUCGAGCCAAAGCGACCUGCAGACCAGCCACCAUCCGGCGACAUGCGUCAACUGUUCCAGUGGGCAACACGCACUCAAACCUCGGUAGCAUCGCAGGCCUCAAAAGAUGACUCACGUGCACUUCCGGUCAACUGACAGCUGUAGCCGAGUUCAUCGUCGCCACCUCUCAACUUGUCUUCCUUUUAGCGAAUGGACAUCUCCAUUCGUCUUUCGCUGUGUCACAUCUGUCGUUUCCCCUCAUUCGAUAUCUGUCAAACUUAGCUUGCUACGACGUUGUAAUUGUUCACGACUUUCAAGGACGCUGCCUGCCUCCACGUCUAUUCUGUCCCCUCACGCACGUUUCCCGCAUUUUUAUCAUCACUUUUCGGUCUGUUGUUAUACCCCACCGGACCUCAUGAUCUCUGGCUACGAAACGCAAAUUUGUUUUGUACUAUUACGACUUACCUACCGCAUAUUCUUAUCCCUAAUUCAGCUGGUGUGCCAGCCCGUUUUGCAUCGACCUCUCGGGCGGUGUAUGCAAUAUUCGAGCUCUGCUUGUCUAGAUACGAGUGCUACAGGCUGCAAGCCAUGCCAAUGUGCUAUAGGUCUAAUGGUACAAAAAUUGAGCCAUUCAAAUAGUGUAGAACGUCUUCGUUCCUCAGAUCAUUCAAACACGAGAGAUUGUGGGCAUGAAAGUAUGUAUACAUUGCGGGUCACCAGGACAACAAGACGAGAUUAACUCAAUUAUGUCGAUCGACGGUAUACGAAUCCUUGAAUGACCGAAUACAUUCUCGCACGCACCCUCAGAUGCGCGCCGUUCGCCAGGCGCUCUGCAUCGCAAUUCGCUUUGCUUGGUCGAGCGUGAUCGAGUCCUCGACGAGGUCAAUCUUCUGCCGGCCGUCGUCGAACGGAGCGCGGCUGUCGUCGUCGUCAUCAUCAUCAUCGUCCGCCAUGCGCGAUGAGACGCCGCGUAUGCCGCCGAACGCGGCCUUGCCGCCGGCGAGCGAAAACGGCGUCGACGCGACAGCCGUGCCGAACACGCUCGCAGUCUUGGGUGCGCCAAACGCUGCAAAGUCUGUGACAACCUUGCGUGGCGGGGAAUGUGGUGCUGCGGUCACGGCCGGCGCCGACGUGGUGCUUGAAGAGGAUGCAGUCUUGCGUGCAGGAAGAUAGGGUGUGUACGGAGAACCAUAUCUGCUCGAGGACGACAUGCGCGAAUGCAAAUACUUUUCGGUGAAACGAGUACCCGGUACCUUAGAAGCAGAAUAAGGAAAGCUAUCGUCAUGACCCUGACCACUGACAAAGUUCACAAGUAGGAACAUACCCUCUUCAGGUGAGGUCUCGCCUCCCGGAGCGACGGUGCGUUCAUGUACACCUCGACAUUGUGUCUGGCUUCUUCCGUUUCACGGUAGAUACUUUCAAUGAUGACGCGCUUCGUGCUCUCAUUGCGUAGCAAGAGCCGUUCGUGUAAUUCGCGUGCGACGUCAUCAACACUCUCGUUGUUCCCGUGUAUACGCUGAGAAACUGCUGCACCGACUUCCUGGAUGAGACGUUCCAUAUCCAGAUUUUCGAGAACACUGCCGACAAUGGCAUGCACGAGCAGGUCUGCGGUUGUCAAUGGAAGCAUCAAGCCCGAUGUGAUCUUUGUUAUCGCUUGGUAGAAGUCCGUAGCAUACUGAGGAAUGGGUCAG